AUGUUACCAGACCCCACGGCAUCAGUCCUAGGCCCGGACCCGACCCACCGGCGCUGCGUGCUGAACGGGAACGCGUUCCAGCAGGACGCCGUCCAGUCGUUCGGCGGCUGGCAGUACGCAUGCUACUACGCUGCCUUGCCUGCCGCCCCGGAGCCGCUGUACGUCCACCUGGCGCGCAGGCAGCUACUGCUACCGGCAGGGCCGUGGGAGACGCUCGUCUUUGAGGACUACCCGCAGACGACGGAUGAUGGGCAUAAUACGGUACAGCUCGGCAUCUGUCCCGGCGACGGCACAGUCCAUCUCUCCUAUGACCACCACUGCGACAGAAUCCGCUACCGCCACUCUAUUCCGGGCGUAGCCCACUCGCCCACCUCCUUCCCCUGGUCCGCCGCCCUAUUCACGCCUCACCUGACGCGUCUCCCCGGCCUCGGCCCGGAGCACGACGCCCUGCUCGGCUACGUCACGUACCCGCGCUUCGUGCCGCUGGAGUCCGCGCUGCUCUUCUCGUUCCGGACGGGAAAGGCGGGGCUCGGGGACGACCAUGUGUGCGUGUACUCCUCCCCCUCCUCCUCCCCCUCCCUUUCCAGUAAGGAGAAGGCUGGAACGUACGCCUACAACCCCCCGCGCACGAUCCUCCGCGGCGUCGCCAACAACCCGUACGUGCACGGCCUCGACUUUCGCCGCGGCCGGCUCCACGCGACCUGGGUGUACCGCGGCUUCGUGCACUACGAGGGGUGGGAUGACCCGCGCGAUGUCCAGCACAAGCGGCAGGCGGGGCCGAACUCGGGGGAGAAUAACUAUGAUAUCUGUUAUGCGUAUGCUGAUGUGCAGUCCCCUUCUUCUGCUGGUGGUGGUGGUGCUGAGGCUUUGGGCGUGUGGUAUAACGGCGCCGGGGAGGUGGUGGCGGGGUUGGGGGAAGAAGGGGUGAGGCCAGACGCAGGAGGCAUCACGGCGUUUGCGAUCCCGAAGGGCUCGGGCUUGGCGAACCAGGAGGCGCAGGCGGUAGAUGGGAGGGGCGGCGUGCAUGUGCUGAACCGGGAUAAUCUGGACGGGGAGAUGCGGUGGAAGCAUUAUUAUCGGUCGCCGGAAGGUACAUGGACCCAACACGCCCUCCCCCACGUCCACGGCGUCAAAGGCGGGAAGCGCGGGCGUCUCGCCAUCAGCAAAGACGACGACCUGUACCUGAUCCUACCCGACCACUCAACUCCGGGCCUGACAAUUCUCAAAGCAUCGAGGGACUCGGGAUACGCCAAGUACGAGCUGGUGUGGAGGCGGGAGGAAGGGUUCCCGCCGACGGAGCCGUUGGUGGAUACUAAGAGGCUGGAGUAUGAUGGUGUGUUGUCUGUGUUCACGCGGGCUGAGAAGAAAGGGGGGGAGGGGGUCGAGGUGGUGGUUUUGGAUUUUGUGGUGUAG